AUAAAUACAAGCGGAGGGGAGCAAACAAGCCUACUCGAGAGAAGCCAGCAGCCUGCAGAGCCAGCCCCUCGGGUCCAGUGGCCAUCAUGAGGUUCGGCGCCGUUUUCCUCGCUUUGGCCGUCCUGACAGGAUCGUACGCCUCUUUCCUGAGCGACGAGCCCCGCCGUCCCCGUUUGGAGCAGAUCCACGACACCAUCCGGGAAUACAUCGACAAGAUCUCCAAAAGCACCUCCGACAACUUGCAGACCAUCCGCAACUCGGAGCUGGGCCGGGAGAUCAAUGCCCGCGUCUCCGACAGCCUGGCGAGUGCCCAGAGCUACCAGGCCGAAUUGCAGAAGCAGCUCCCGCCGGUGGCCCAGGACCUCCUGCAGAAGAUCAUCACCGACCUGAAGCAGGUGAACGAGAAGAUGCAGCCCUUUGCCGAGGAGCUGAACCAGAAGAUGCAAGGCGGGGUGAGCCAGCUGCAGGAGCGCCUGGCCCCCUUCGCCGAGGACCUCCUGGAGCAAGCGGAGCAGCACACGCAGACCCUGCGCCAGGCGCUGGCCUCCGGCACCGAGGAGCUCAAGGCCAACCUCCAGCGCAACGUGGAGGACCUCCAGGCCCAGCUGGGGCCCCUGGCCGAGGACAUGAAGGGCAAGAUCCAGCAGCAGGUGGAGGACUUCCGGCAAGGCGUGGAGCCCCUGGCCCAGCGCCUGCAAGGGAGCCUCUCCGAGGGGCUGCACCACGUCCGGCACAACCUCCACCCCUACGCCGAGGACCUCCACCAGAAGCUGGUCCCGCUGGCCGAGAACCUCCAAGGGCAGCUCAGCGGCCUCUGGAACGCCUUCCGGGAGAGGUUCCAAUUCCUCGUACGGCUCGUACAUUUUGAUCACUACGGGCCCAAUGUUUUGCUCCAGCCACUCCAUGCACCAAACCGCCUUGGAGGCCACUGGGUCGACGUACACUGGAUCCUGGUGGCGCAUUACCUGCAGAGCAUCACGCCGUGCUUGGCGCUGGGCGGGGAGCUGGUGUACCACCACCGCCCGGGAGAAGAAGGCACCUUGAUGUCUCUGGCCGGGAAGUACACGGCGCCCAACUGGAUCGGGACCCUGACGGUCGGGCAGACGGGGGCCCACGCCACCUACUACCACAAAGCCAGCGACCAGUUGCAAGUUGGGGUAGAAUUCGAAGCCAGCACUCGGAUGCAGGACACCAGCGUCACGUUCGGCUACCAGCUGGACCUUCCCAAAGCCAACCUUUUGUUCAGAGGUUCCGUGGACAGCAACUGGAUUGUGGGGGCCACUUUGGAGAAGAAGCUCCCCCCCUUGCCCUUGACGCUGGCCAUGGGCGCCUUCCUCAACCACCGCAAGAACAAGUUCCAGUGCGGGUUCGAGUAUAAAUACAAGCGGAGGGGAGCAAACAAGCCUACUCGAGAGAAGCCAGCAGCCUGCAGAGCCAGCCCCUCGGGUCCAGUGGCCAUCAUGAGGUUCGGCGCCGUUUUCCUCGCUUUGGCCGUCCUGACAGGAUCGUACGCCUCUUUCCUGAGCGACGAGCCCCGCCGUCCCCGUUUGGAGCAGAUCCACGACACCAUCCGGGAAUACAUCGACAAGAUCUCCAAAAGCACCUCCGACAACUUGCAGACCAUCCGCAACUCGGAGCUGGGCCGGGAGAUCAAUGCCCGCGUCUCCGACAGCCUGGCGAGUGCCCAGAGCUACCAGGCCGAAUUGCAGAAGCAGCUCCCGCCGGUGGCCCAGGACCUCCUGCAGAAGAUCAUCACCGACCUGAAGCAGGUGAACGAGAAGAUGCAGCCCUUUGCCGAGGAGCUGAACCAGAAGAUGCAAGGCGGGGUGAGCCAGCUGCAGGAGCGCCUGGCCCCCUUCGCCGAGGACCUCCUGGAGCAAGCGGAGCAGCACACGCAGACCCUGCGCCAGGCGCUGGCCUCCGGCACCGAGGAGCUCAAGGCCAACCUCCAGCGCAACGUGGAGGACCUCCAGGCCCAGCUGGGGCCCCUGGCCGAGGACAUGAAGGGCAAGAUCCAGCAGCAGGUGGAGGACUUCCGGCAAGGCGUGGAGCCCCUGGCCCAGCGCCUGCAAGGGAGCCUCUCCGAGGGGCUGCACCACGUCCGGCACAACCUCCACCCCUACGCCGAGGACCUCCACCAGAAGCUGGUCCCGCUGGCCGAGAACCUCCAAGGGCAGCUCAGCGGCCUCUGGAACGCCUUCCGGGAGAGGUUCCAGUGAGCCUCCGGUCAGGCCCGUGGUGGCCCUCAAAGUUUUCCAUCUGGGGGGAUUGAUUUGGGGUAGGAACUAGACUUCCCAAGCCAUGCCAAUAAAACCACAUGCAAUGAC